UAAUAUGCCGAGUAAAUACUCUAGAAAUUUUUUUUUUGGAGAACGGAUAGAGUAUCAUUUUUAUAAAGUGUAACAAGAAAUAUCAUAGUAAAUGAACCACGUCCGAAUUACACUAAACCCCUUUAAUCGCAAUUUUUUUGGUCGGCUGGAAUUUAAAAUGCUAAAAGUCACUUACUUCUAUGUAAAACUAUCUAUUGGAGGAAAACAUUAUAGACGACAAAUAAAUAAAAGAAGAGUAAAGCAGAGAGAAUCAUCCCUCACUUCGCUUCUUUGCCAAGCAACCUACCAAAGCCUCUCAGUUUCAUUAUUCUUCCUUCUCCUCAAGCAAACUCAUCUCAGUUCAUCACAAUGUCAAAUUCUAUUCACCGGAGAAGAGUUCCAACUCCGGUCGGCAACGGAGGUCGAAGCCUCCGGACGAAACGGACGGCGUCCAGAUACGUUUCUGACCAGCAUGGUUCGAAAUAUACUAAUCAGGUUUUCGAGCGAAGUUUCUCAGAGUCGAAUCUCAAUCGUCGCCGUGACGGAGACGGUAACUGCAUGCGGCAACCAUCGCCAGUGAUGAGCGGUUUACCGACGGGAGAAUCAGACCCGAUCGUCUACUUGCCAAGGAUUCGCUCUGAGGUUAUGGCUUCUUCUCCGUCGUUAUUGGGCUUCUCUUCGCCGUCGUCUCCAUUUCCGACCAAUCAAGAGGGUAAUAAAAGAGAAACAAGAAAAGUAGUAAUCAACGUAGCGGUAGAAGGAAGUCCUGGACCUGUAAGAACAAUGGUUAAAUUGAGUUGCAACGUCGAAGAAACCAUCAAACUCGUCUUGGAGAAUUAUCGCAAAGAAGGAAGGACUCCAAAACUCAAUCAAGGUGCUGCCUUUGAAUUGCAUCAGUCUCAUUUCAGUAUCCAGUGUUUGGAUAAAAGAGAAAUAAUCGGAGAAAUAGGAAGUAGAAGCUUCUACCUUAGAAAGAGAGAUCAUGAAACCGGAGUUUCUUUCGCCGGGAUCUCACCGGUGAGAACGAGUCUUAUUCCGUCGUCUAACUUGAUUGAAUCCUGUAUAGCUCAGUUUAUUGGGAAAAUCUUGAGGAGAACGAGAAAGUUAUGGAACAUAUUGGUAUGUACGCAAGCGGUUUCUCUGUUAAUGGAUUCUAAGCUGAGAUUCCUCCUUCACAAAAGCUUAGUCCUCGAACAGACCAAGCAAGUCCAUGCUCAGUUAGUCUUGAACCGCCACAACCAUCUCGAACCCAUCUUAAUCCACCAAACGCUACACUUCACAAACGACUUCUCUCGGACCAUCGUAAACUAUGUCAAACGAAUCAUCCUCAAGGGGUUUCAGAGCUCAAAGGUUUCUACUUUCUCCUGGGGUUGCCUCGUUAGGUUCUUGAGCCAGCACAGGAAGUUCAAAGAAGCUGUAACCUCGUACAUCGAGAUGAACAACUCCGGGGUUCCUCCAAGCUCACACGCCAUAACCUCAGUGCUGAGAGCUUGCGGGAAGAUAGAGAGCGUGGUUGAUGGUAACUCUGUUCAUGCUCAGGCUGUCAAGAGCGGGUUAUGCGGAUGCGUGUAUGUUCAGACAGGUCUGGUGGGUUUGUAUUCAAGACUGGGUUACAUCGACAUGGCAAAGAAGGCUUUUGAUGAGAUUGGCGAGAAGAACACGGUUUCUUGGAACUCGCUUUUACACGGGUAUCUAGAGAGCGGGGAUCUAGAGGAAGCUCGCAGAGUGUUCGACGAUAUUCCAGAGAAGGACGUUGUCUCAUGGAAUCUUAUCAUCUCCAGCUAUGCUAAAAGAGGCGACAUGAGCGACGCGCGCUCUUUGUUUCUUGCAAUGCCUUUGAAAAGCUCUGCUUCUUGGAAUAUUUUGAUCGGCGGUUACGUGAACUGCGGUGAAACGAAGCUAGCGAGAACCAGCUUCGACGCAAUGCCGGAUAAGAGUAGCGUCUCUUGGAUCACAAUGAUCUCAGGGUACACAAAAUCCGGCGACGUUGAGUCUGCUGAGGAGCUUUUCAGACAGAUGUUCAAGAAGGACAAACUAGUUUACGAUGCGAUGAUAGCUUGUUAUGCUCAGAACGGUAACCCGAACGACGCUCUGAAGCUGUUCUCUCAGAUGCUUGAAGCUAACUCUGGUGUUGGUCUUCAGCCAGAUGAGAUCACGCUCUCGAGCGUCGUCUCGGCUAGCUCGCAGCUGGGUGAUACAAGCUUUGGUACACGGGUUGAGUCGUAUAUAACCGAACACGGAAUCCAAAUGGAUGAUCUUUUGAGCACCUCUCUGAUUGAUCUUUACAUGAAAGGUGGAGAGUUUGACAAGGCGUUCAAACUCUUCAACGGUCUAAACAAAAAGGAUACAGUUUCUUACUCAGCAAUGAUCACGGGGUGCGGGAUAAACGGUUUAGCCGCAGAAGCAAACCGUUUGUUUCAAGAGAUGAUCGAAAAGAAUAUACUUCCAAAUCAAGUUACAUUCACGGGACUAUUAUCAGCGUGUAGCCAUUCAGGUCUUGUUCAAGACGGCUACCAAUGCUUCGACUUAAUGAAAAAAUACAACGUGGAGCCUUCUGCUGAUCAUUAUGGGAUAAUGGUGGAUAUGUUGGGACGAGCAGGGAGGCUAGAGGAGGCUUAUGAGGUGAUCAACGGGAUGCCGAUGAAGCCAAACGCUGGAGUUUGGGGAGCCUUGCUUUUAGCUAGCGGGUUACACAAGAGCGUUGAGUUUGGGGAGAUAGCGUGUAGAUACUGCGUUGAGCUGGAGAGUGAUCCUUCUGGUUAUCUUUCGCAUCUUGCUAAUAUCUAUACUUCUGUUGGUAGAUGGGACGAUGCGAGAAACGUAAGAGCGAAGAUGGAAGAGAAGAAACUGCGUAAGACACUUGGGUGUAGCUGGGUUGAAGGUUCAAAUCAUUGAUUCAACUUCUAUUACUACAUUCAAGAAACCGAAUAAAAAAAGUUGGAAAAACAAUCCUAAGUUACAAAACCAACAUAAAGCCUAAACCGAAAUACAGAGAGGAUCCAUGACUGCUUCGUAAGGAAGAGGUCAAGUUAAAGUCAUGAGAGGGCUUGUGUUGUGGAUUAGAAGCUAGAGGUGGUGUCCAUCUGAAGAGAAGAUGACGUGGGACGAAUGGUUGGUAUUGGAGACGGCGUGAAGCUGUGGUUUUGAUUCCUUGGAUUCUGAUGUUGCUGGUUAGUUUCAGCUGUGAAACUUCCUACGACCAGCUGGAUAGGAGUGGCUGCAACCAGCGAGCCAGCGACUCCACCUCCUACUACACGUCCAUCAGGACUAGCUAAUGACACUGUCAUUCCACCUGUUCUGCUCCGUGUCCUGUCCGAGUCGAUUGGCAUGAAUGAUCCCGACAGUGAAUCAGUGAUAGUAUCUCAUAUCGACCCUUGAAUGAAAAACACACAAAAGAUUAACGAAAAGAGACCACUAUAUAUACGCAAUCUGAUUACGGUUUAGACACGUUUGGUUUCGUUUUCAUUUAUGUGGUGUUAAUAUGAUAAAACUAAUCGGUUUAUUACAUAAACUUGUGUUGGUCGUCUC